AUGCACACACAAUAUUUCACAAUUAUUAUUCUUGCCAUCCUCUUUAUACAUUCGGUUUCCUCGUGCGAAGUGGAUACUGACUGCCCUGUCGGUUUUGUAUGCUCAACUACACCAUCAACGCAAGGGCAAUGUGUUUACGGUUGUCAUACAGAUGGUAAUUGUCGAAUUGAUGCAGCAAAUACUCGGAACUUGACGUGCGAUAAGAAUUUACCGAGAUGGUCUUGUACCUGUGAUAAUAAGUCCGACUGCGAUGGAAACGGUACAUGCGCUAACGGACAUUGCGUUCUUCCUAUCAAUUUCGGUGAAAAAGGACUAUUCUCACUAUGUAAUCUGUCGGCACUGGAGAGUGCUUUUGACGAUGUCUGUGCAUGGCUUUUGAAUGGGGAAUAUACGAGUUUAAGCUACGAUGCUGCUGUUGCUGCAUGUGACACCGUUACAGAUGGUUUGGGGGCGUUGUUUUGUUCAAGUCUAGUAUCGUAUCUAUUUCAUCUUAUAGCUGAAUACGGUGGACUUAAUGGUGCUAUAAGUGAC